GCCGCCGAGCAACACGCACGCGCAUACUGUCUCCGCGCUCUCUUUCUGCUUUUUUCUCCCUUCGAAUAACGGUACUGUGUGUGGAUCGCGAAUUAAUCGCACGGAUUUUCGCCUGUUUCGAUCAUUUUAUCGUUCAUCAAUCACUUGAUGCAGUUUUUUUUUGUAGUUGAGUGUCGAAGUGAAAUGGAAUUUGUUGAAUUUUAAUUGCACGCAGCACGCUGCCGGCGAAAACAACAACAAAAUUAGCGGCCAGAUUUCAUUCAACUUGAGAUAAAACAGCAACAACAACAAUAAUAUACAACAACAACGCAGCGAAGCAGCAGGAGAAAAUAGCUGAUAAAUAGACAAUAAUAAAUAAAUAAUACAUACAAAGGCCACAGACGCCGCUUCAAUUAGCCUUGUCAAUGAACCAGUGACAUCACCAUCGUCAUAGCCCAAUCAUCUCAGCCGUUCAGCAGAAAUGAUAGAGACCAGCAAUCAGCAGCCAGGCGGCGGAGACUUCAAUGGCCGCCACUCGGCCUCGCCGGCCCGCACUAUAGAUUCGCAUGAUUCCACCACGGGGAGCAUGGACACCAUUGUGGAUCGCAGUCUGAAUCGCGAAGAACUCCACCAGGUGGUGUCCACUAUCGAGCAGAGCACGAAUACCACAAACACGACGGGUUCGGGUAGUCUGACCAACUCGCAAAUUGGCAUGCUGCAAAGGGACGAGGAUCGGAAGCAGCAGGAGGAUCAGGAUCAGGCACGCCAGGAUGCCCAGAGUCACAUCUAUUCGAGUCCCGUCUACGAUGAGAAGCCGCCGGCGCUGAAAGUCCUUUCCGCCGCCUUGGACUUGGAUACCGAGAAGGCCAAGGCCAGAACUGACGAGGACAACCAGAAGCCCAAGUUGAUUUCGCACCAGGAGUUUAAGCAGCAGCUGGAGGAGGCGAUGGCCUCGCGGCAUCCCAACCAGGUGAAUGCCACCAAAAGCCCGGCUAACACUUUGGACUCCAGGAUCAGUCGUAAGCAGCGCUGCCCACCGGAAUUCAUCAAGUACAAGGAGGGCAGCGAGGGCGGAGGCAGUGCCUCCUCGUCGCUUUCUUCCAAGGAUCGGCGUAAGCGAAAGGCCAGCAACGAAUGCUGCUCGGCAUUUCCACUGCAAAUAGUGCUGGGCACUUUGCAGUUGCUCUUGGCCAUUUCCCUGGUGGCCCUGGGAUCGUUGCUGAUCGUUCGAGAGGCAGCGCUCUCCAUGGCGGGAUGCGGCAUCUGGACGGGAUUAAUAGCCGCCGUCACGGGUUCACUCGGAGUGGUGAGCAUGCGCAAGACGCAGACGGCCUUUCUGGCCCUUAGUUUGGUCUGCAUCGCCAGCAGCACUCUGGCCCUGGCCAUUUCCGGGGUGGGCUUGUCCAGGGAUCUCAAUAGGAUGGCGGAACAGAAGGGCGAGCAGCUCGACCUGAUCAAUGCCAACAGCGAGGUCUCCGCCGCCUGCGGGCUCAUCUUCGCCCUAUUCCUCCACUUUGUGGUCAGCAUCGUCUCCGUCUACAGAUGCGCCCUUCAGAUAUGCACCAAAUCGGAGCACAGCGAGCUGCGCGAUGUUAUUAUAAAGUCGAAUGCUUCGGGAAUUGCUUUGGACCAGCAAAAGGUGGAUCAAUAUAUAAAGGCGAUGUCUUUAAAUGGCAAUGAAAAGGUGAACACCGAAAAGCUGGCGGCAAUGUGGAUGUAUGCCACUCAAAUGGGAAGUCUGCCGCCGCCCACGGUUCGCAAAUUAACGCCUCCUUCGCGGCAGAUUAUGCUAAUUCCCUCGACCGCUGGAAGUGGGAUGGCUCCGCCGCCGCCCACCCGCCUGCCUCCUCCACCCCCUGGCGCCGGAGCUGGACUUUUGCUGCCCGUGCCGCCGCAAUACCGCGGGAUGACCCUCCCGUACAUGCGCCCCGGACCCGGAUCCGUGCUCUACGCCCAUCCGGCCAGCCUGAGCGGGACAUAUCGCACCCACAAGAGCACCAAGUCGGCGGAGAUCAAUGGACAGCGACGACGCCGGCGGGCGGGGAAGUCGGAUGCCAAUCGCCGGCAGCGCCGCAAAUCGGAGGCGGACGUCCUGGACGGAGCACCCAACUUCCAGUACACGGGUCUGGAUCGAGCCAUAGCCGAUAGCUUCUUGGCCAGGCAGGAGCAGUCGCAGGCGGGCAGCCACAUCGACUAUUCGUCGUCGGCAUCCUCGGACUUGUACGGCAAUAAGAGGGCCUCCUCCAAGACGAAGAUCGUCUGCCGGGAUGUGGUGAUGUAAGGGGUAGUGGUAGUAGUGGUCCCAAUCCCAGUCACCUGUCUUUUGUACAUAUGUUUCUCCACUGAGCAGUGCCCAAGACCUAUCUUUGUCUGGGCUAACAAGAAAAAUUACCCUUUUUUUUCGUCCUAUCCCAUAACUCUAUCUCUAUAUCUACAUAUGCGUAUUAUUUGUAAGGCACUUAUAAAUAUGAAUCGAAUAAAGUUAUAAUAAAUAAACUAAA